CAGGACUCCAAUGUACAGAGUGUAUGGAAUAAUAGAAGGAAUGCAGAUGAAACAAAAGAAUUUGAGGGUAUAAAGCACAGUGUUAUGGAGCCUUUAUUAUUCAGGUCUGAGAAUAUGAAUACUAUCAAACCAACGUUAACCAGACAUCCAGUGAAUGAGACCGAAAGCAUCCUGGAGUGUAAAUGUUUACCAGCAUCAGAUUUAAAAUUAUAUUCAACAUAUGUCAGUUACAAGUCACCAACACAAACAACUCCAGCAUUUAGAUGUUCCUGUCAAGAAAAUCACCUAACCAAUUCUCCUGUACAACAGCAACAUCAAUAUGAACAUGGUUCAUUGAAGUAUUCAAUAGUACCUACAGAUAUUUUAACAAUGUCAUUACCUAUGAAGUAGAUUAGUCCACUGAAACACUUGCCAUUUUUAAAAUACCUCUAAUUG